AAUGUUGACAGAUUCUGGACCUGGUUAUCAGUUAUCUUAAACAAAAGUGAGAAGCACACACACAAACACACAAAAAUCCCACCCACUCUAGUUAAACACUAAGUUUGUCAAUAAAAAACCAGUCAGGUCUUUAUAUAUGCCUCAUUUCCUCUCAACCAUCAGCAUAUCAGAAGAGAAACAAAAGUACUUCAGCUCUAAAAAUAUAAGCAUCUUCUUCCUCAUAAUUCAAGCAGUCAGUAUGGCUUCACUGCAGUGUCUCAUCGUCCUCUGCAUGCUUAAUCUGUGUGUUCAAAACAUUCAGGGACAGGUGAACCCUGCUGCCCUUGCUAAUAUGAUCCAAUAUUUUGAUAACAAUGUCCAGCCAAAGACCAAGAUAGGAACUAAUGCCCAGUAUGCAAUAGCAAUCAGUGUCCCACAGGAUCUGUGUACAAACCAACAAUCUCAUAUUGAGAAUGUGUUCAGCAGGGAAGAGGCACAAUAUGUAAAAGAUUUUAUCACCGAAGGACAGACAUGUGUACGCUGCUCAGCAUCACAAAAUGUCAUUGCCACAAGGCCAAACGUAGUCACAGAUGAACAUUCUGAGCAUGUUCUGCUCUUUCCUCCAGGUAAUUCUCCCUUGGACACACUUCUAAAAAAUACAGAUCAAAACAACUGUGUAGUUUUCUAUUCUUACAACUCACCUUGUGUGAAAAAAUGUAUUAAGAGUGCUGACAAUAUUUUUCCGGGCCUUGAAAACUGGAAUAAAGUUCGAGAAGGGGGAAUGAAUGUUUUUGUCUUUGGAAAUCUCUGGAAGGAUGCCAAGAAGGAAAUUGGCAAUGAUUUCCUAAUGAUUAGUAAGCUUGUGCCUCUUUAUAGGUGUAAGAGUACAAAUGUGAUGGAAUGUCAGAAUUGUGUCAAUGGAAACACUCCGAAUGAUUUCUGUCUGCCUGAUAAUACAUCUAUACUUUUGUAUUUCCAAGAAAUGCUUUUGACAAUGAUCGAAUUGUUUCUUUCAUAAAGCUCUUUCCGCCAAGCUUUAGUUAGGCUAUGAAAUCUGAAUUAUAUUAACCAAACACACAUAUUAUUCUUGAACACCUGU